AUGACCAACGCUACAAUUCAGGAGAUAGAAGGUAUAGAUGACUACUGGGGCCCGGCAUUCCGCUCAGUAUACGAAGGAGAGGGUGGCCAUGAAGCAUUUGUCCAGCAAUUGGAUGAAAGAAUCAAACAGCAUGACAGGGAGAUUGAGAAAUUAUGCAAUUUCUAUUACCAGGGUUUCAUAGAUUCAAUUCGUGAGUUGUUACAAGUGAGGUCUCACGCUGAAGAGCUGCAUGCAGAGAUAUCUAAUGUCGACUCUAAUGUAAAAGAGACAACAGACAGUCUGUGUUCAAGAGCAGAGGAGCUAAUAAGGGCCCGCAGAGUUGAGUUGAACAUUGCAGCUACUAUUGAAAAGAUGGAACUCUGUCUACCACUUCUCACUACAUAUUCCAAAUUGAAGACACAAGUGGAUGCUAAAAGAUACUAUCCAGCUCUAAAAACAUUAGAGCAAUUAGAGCAUGUAUUGCUUCCCCGAGUAGGGCCGUACAAAUGGUGUUCCCAGAUAUCUGCAGAUAUACCUCGUCUCAGACAGGCUAUACAGGAUGCUUCGAUGGCGGAUUUGAGAGAUUUCUUAGAGAAUAUACGGAAACUUAGUCCACAGGUUGGUGCGAUGGCAUUGAAACAAACUCAAGAUAUGCUCGGAAGGAGUUUGGAGAAUAUUGUCAAAAAUAAAAAAGAAAUGAUGGGAGGCUUAGGUAAAGAUAAUAUUGGUCCACAAUGUCCUCAUGAGCUGGUAGAUUUCAGUCCUCUACAUAGAUGUCUUCAUAUACACAGUGUUCUUGGAGCUAAGAAUGAUUUCAUACAAUAUUACAGGGCACAGCGGAAACAGCAAGCUCGGUUAGUUCUGAUCCCGGCUACAGGAAACUUACACGACUCUAUCCAAGGAAUGAAGAGUUACCUGAGUGCUGUUCUAGGCUUCUUCAUUCUGGAAGAACAUUUACUCACUACCGGAGCUGGUCUGGUCUCCAAAGACUGGCUGCUGGAUACAUGGAGCAUGUCCGUUAAUAAAGUGGCAUCAACUUUGAGGACCAAUACCUCACUUAUUACUGACCCUACGCUUAUGUUGAGCAUCAAACAUCAAAUAAUGCUGUUUAUUAAUACUCUCAAGUGCUACGGGCUGCCCCCGGAGCCGCUGCCGGCCGUGCUGCAGGAGAUGGCGGAGCACUACACGGAGGUGCUGAUGCAGCGCUGGGUGGCCGUCUUCAGGGACAUCCUCGAUAACGCCGCAUUCCUACCAAUAGAGGUAGCGGAUCAAGAACAAUACGAUGGUGUUAUGGAUACAUUUCCCUAUGACGGAGAUGAAUUGGAAACACAGCCGUUUCCGAGGAAGUUUCCGUUCUCGUCAGUAGUUCCAGCAGUAUACGUGCAGGUGAAGGAGUUCAUCUACGCGUGGCUGAAGUACUCCGCGGGAGUGGGGCUGUGCGGGGCGCGGCGCGCGGCGCAGGCCCGCCACUCCGCCUCGCUGCUCCUCAGCAGGUCCUUCACAGGAUGCCUCUCUGCACUCUUCAGAAGACCAUUGCCACUGAUGCAGCUGGUACAGAUAAUAGUAGACACGCAGUAUCUGGAGGACGCUACGUUAUUUCUAUACGAGUUCAUAAGUAACAUAACGGGCUCCGAGCUUGUCACCACACAGGCUGCGGGCAGCAUGUUCCAGGCUGCGCGCGAUGACGCUGAACAGCAGAUCUGCAACAACUUGGAGAAAAAGGUCGAUGAGUUCCUCGACCUUGAGAACUACGACUGGUUGUUGGUGGAACCAACCGGACAAGCGUCAGCAUUCGUUACUGAUAUGUUGAGCUAUCUGUCUGGUGUACUCACAUCGCUGGAACAGCUACCGGAACGCGCCAGAGUGGCAGCAGUCCGUGCGGCGACAAACCGCAUAGCAACACGGCUGCGGAACCUGCUGAUGGACCCCGCGGUGAAGCAGGUCUCCUCCGGCGCACUCUACCAGCUCGACCUCGACGUCAUACAGUGCGAGCAGUUCGCGGCCGGCGAGCCUGUGCCAGGGCUCAAGGAGGGUGAACUGCUCGAACACUUCGCCAGCUUAAGGCAACUUUUGGAUUUAAUAACCGGCUGGGAUUGGUCAUCAUAUCUUCACGACGUAGGCAUAGAAGGGGGUAAAUACGCGCUAGUUACGCCACGAGACGCAGCCACAUUACUCGAGAAACUAAAAGAAGCGGAACAGAAGUCGUCUGUCUUCUCCGUUCUAAAGAAGAACGAAAGAGACAGACGUAAGCUUCUCGACACUGUACUCAAACAAUUGAAGCAACUUCAGAAUCCAGAUGGUUGAAUUAAAACUAAUAAUUUUGA